CUCGCGCACGCGCCAGCUGGGUUAGCGCGCCCACGCGGACCCGAUGGUAGGACAGGUCACAGCUGAGCCGAUGAGAUCAUGGAGGCUGCGCUGAGGUCGGACGGGAUACGGCCGACGGGACUGAGCGGUGAUGGAGAGCUGCCUGUCCGGUAAGAUGGAGCUGCGCGUACAGGGCGCACCUGGACAUUUUUUGUAAGAAUCCAUGAUGACCUGCAGUGUAACUGAAAGUCCAAGACUUCUUGGAGCAUCACUGCCAACAACCUCAUAUUUUCUUCACAAAAGACAAAAUAAGUCUCAAUUCAUGCACAGUCAGAUAUGGACAAGUGAAUAAGUGCCCUUUAUUACUCCCAUUGCUUAUUCUUAUUCCACAAAUGGAUAUCCCAGUUUUUCUGUCUGUGACAAUUUGCUUCCAGAUGUUAUAUUUUGCCAUACAACCAUGCCUUUAAACAUAAGAGCCAAGCCCUCGCACGGCAAGCUGACUGCUGCUGCUGCAAAGAGUGGUGGGCAAAAUGAUGGCAGCUCAUCUCAUUCACGCUUCUCGAGGUCUACAAAACAGGGAAAAGGUAAACAGGCUGUCAGCUCAGGUCCUGGGUCCCGAUCAGGACUUGAGCCCGGCUCUGUGUCAGGGGGCGGGCCUCCACCAGCAGCUAAACUGACCGGAGCACAAGGUUCAGUUUCAAAGCUUGGUUCAAGACUCAAAGUCAACACAUCAACAGCAGAUAAAGGAUCAACUCGUGGUUCAGCAACAGCUCCAGGUGGGAAAACCAUGUCCAUGGAGAACAUCCAGUCUUUAAGUGCGGCCUAUGCCAUUUCUGGCACCAUGUAUCCCAAUGAGCGGGAGUCCUUGGAACCCUCUGGUGGAUACCCUAAAAGUACCAUGACAUUAGGGCGGAGUACCAGCCGCUCAUCUUCCACUGGCCGCAGUACAGCAAUUGGAAGCACCCCAAACAUCACAGCCUCUGGUAUGCAUCACCUAUCAGACUCUUGUGGAGACCAAACUGUGUUUUCUACAGGAACUUCCAGUUUGCGACGGCAGUCUGGAAGAUGCACACAAACACUGGAUUCGGAUGAUCGGGGAGAGGUUUCCACCUGUGAUCUCCAGGCUCAGCUGAGGGAUCUGCAGAGAGAGAAUGAAAGUCUCCGAAGGGAACUGGAUGGAGGGAGGGAUGGAAAGACAGGCUAUGGCAUUAAUAGUGUUAAUUUCUGGAGCCCUGAUGUAAAGAGAGACAAGGGGAGUAGGCGUGAAGAGGGAGUAAGGACGCCUGCUCUUAAGGAACAGUGCAGCGUGAACCAAGACGAUUUACAGCUGGGGGAUAUAAGAAGAAACAAGCAACUUCCUUUGACAGUUCAGGAGCUACAGGAGGAGCUGAGAGCUCACAGAGAGACAAACAGUCGCCUGCGGCAACAGCGGCAGCAGAGCAGCUCCUACAGAGAACACCAUAUGGACCAGGAGUUCAGAGGGGGGCUCAGUCCUGGCCACAGUCCCAGACAAAGUUCCAUAAACCUGCACAGUCCAGCACCAAAGAACAGCCCCAAAGCCAGUCCAUCGAACACCUACAAUCCAAGGCAACAAGAGGCUGACAUCAUUAUUCACAGUCCUGGCUAUGGGUGUAAUACAUUGGCAGCCACGCAGAGACUUAGCCCAGCCAACACCCUUCAGCCUGGACAAAGGAACAGUCCAAGCCAGCCCCUCUACAGUCCUAGUCAGGGAGCAUUGCCCAGCUCUAGCCCCCGUCAUCCAUGUAGCCCCUGUCAGGUGCCUGGGUGCGACGGCUUUUCUUCACCUCCUCCUCAGGAUCCAACAGAGGAAAACUUCUUCCGACUGCAGUCAGAACAUGAGCGUCAAGCCAAUGAGUUGUCCCUGCUGAGGAAGACUAUGGAAGAGAUGGAGUUGAGAAUCGACUCCCAGAAACAGACGCUGGGUGCACGAGACGAGAGUAUCCAGAGGCUGCUGGAGUUGCUUCAGGGUCAGGGACAGUGGGGACGAGGACAGCGGACAGGCAUAAUUACCAUGGCAGCCCAGGAAGCUGAUGUCCACUUGGAGAACAUACAUUUGAGAGAGAACACGAACGCUUCUUUCUGUUUUGAUCCUGAUGUUAUCUGGCAGGACACCAAGAUCUCUUCGCUGGAGAGAAACAUCAGAGACUUAGAGGAUGAGGUCCAGAUGCUAAAAACCACCGGCCUGUUGCACCCUGAUGAAAGGCAGGAUGAACUCAAGCAGGUGGAAGUCUACAAGAGCCACUCUAAAUUUAUGAAAACUAAGAUAGAGCAGCUGAAGCAGGAGCUAAAUAGGAAGGACUCAGAGAUGCAGGCCCUGCAAACCAAACUAGAAACACUGACCAAUCAGAACUCGGACUACAAGCAACACAUCGAGGUGCUAAAAGAGUCGCUCAGUGCCAAGGAGCAGCGCGCCAACACACUGCAGACAGAGGUGGAUGCUCUGCGAGUGCGCCUGGAGGAGAAGGAACAGAUUCUGACUAAGAAAACCAAUCAACUGCAAGACUUAAGUGAUGAAAAGAGCACACUGGCUGGAGAAAUCAGAGAUAUGAAGGACAUGCUGGAUGUCAAGGAGAGAAAAGUGAAUAUCCUACAGAAGAAGAUUGAGAACUUGUUGGAGCAGUUAAAAGAUAAGGACAAACAGCUGGUUGGAUUGAGAGAAAGGGUUCAGGGGCUUCAGACUGACUCCAGUAACACAGACACAGCUCUGGCCACUCUGGAAGAAGCUUUAUCAGAAAAGGAGCGAGUGAUUGAGAACCUCCGAGACCAGAAGGAACGAGAAGACAGGGUGAGGCUUGAAGAGAUGGAUCAGAUGAGGAGAGAGAACCAGGAACUGAAGGAAAAAUUGGCUGCUCUGCAACCCCCAAAGCUGUCUCAGAGCCAGGUCACCAACUCCAUCUUAAUCCAGAACCAGAGGCCUGAUGGGGAGGUUGAACCCAAAGUAGAUGGUUUUCCAGCAGUCAACCCCACGACCCCAAAACCAGAGGAAACUGUCAGAAUCUGUCCAGACAUCGCAGAUCGUCUGAGGCUUCUCGAGCAGGAAGUGGCCCGCUACAGAGAGGAGUCUGGGAAGUCCCAGGCUGAGGUGGAGAGGUUAAAGGGAGCGCUUAAGGAUGCAGAAGUGGACAAAUCAUGCAAGGAGAAGAAAAUUACUGAUCUUGAGAGACCUGGGCAAAUCAAGUCUCCAAAUAUCCAGAAGCAGAUUGUGCCUGGCGAGAUGAGGAAAGAUGCCUUGGCCGAUGGACAUCCACACUCUUUAUCACAGCUUUGCAAUUCCCAGGAUGCCAUGCGUGAGACGGCGGAGCGGAUAAUGGAGCUGGAGAAGACUCUGAGGGAUACCAUGAACACCUCGGCCCAUAGGGAGGCCCUUUGGGCGCAGGAGGAAGCCGCCCGUGUUCAGGCCCAAAGACAGUUGGAGGAGCUGAUGGGAGCUUUAGAGAAGACUCGCCAGGAGCUAGAUGCCACUAAAGUACGUCUGUCCUCCACUCAGAAGUGCCUACAUGAACGAGAUGGACACCUAAACCAACUGCGGCAGGAGAGACGCAAACAGCUGGAGGAGAUUCUGGAGAUGAAGCAGCAGGCGUUGCUGGCAGCCAUAAGUGAGAAGGAUGCUAAUAUUGCCCUUCUGGAAUUAUCUUCUUCCAAACGCAAGAAAGCCCAGGAGGAGGUGAUGGCUCUGAAAAGGGAGAAGGACAGACUCAUGCACCAGCUCAAACAGCAGACCCAGAGCAGAAUGAAGUUAAUAGCAGACAAUUAUGAGGAAGACUACAUCCACCCCCAACAUCACCCUCAUCAUUUGCACCACAUGCAUGCAGCAAAUUUGCAUCACCGGAGUCUGCCAAGAGGGGACCCACAUGCCAACCACCGACCUCCGAUGGAUCAGGAUGACGAAGAGGGUAUUUGGGCUUGAUGAAUACUAUCCAUAGGAACCUGCAUCUCUUUGGUGUCUAUGCAUUUGGAAUCACAAGAUUGAUUAGCUUCAGUUCCCAGGACCAGACGAUUUGUCUUUGUUUUCAGACCCCAUUAAUAAAGCACAAAAGUUCAUCAGAUUGGGCUUUUAAAUGCUUAUAAAUUACGUCAUUGAUACAGGUCACAUUCGUGGACAAAUGCAGUGUUUUGCUGGGCACCCAGCUCCUAGUGGAUGAAUCUCAUACCGCAGCUCAAUAUUGGCAAGUUUGCUCCUGCCUUCAAUUUCUGGGCUGUUUUCAAUAGACUGGGAGCUGGAUUCAUUUUGCAGUGCUGUGGUGCAACAGAGGCCUGACUUCAUAGUAACGAAGAGUCACAACAGUGUUGACGACUGCAAGCAGACUGAAGCCGAGCCAGAUACGCAAGCCCCAGAUCCAUACCUGUUCAGGUUUAUGUUUGCAGGCUUGUGUUUACUUCUGGAGCUAAAUAUCAGACUUUUGUAAAUAUGACAACAUGGACCUCAAAAUCAACAACCCACUAAGACCUCCUCAAUGUAUGGUGCCAAAGGAAUUGCCGCAGUCCACUGGGAUAAAUAAAAAAAGAUGAAACACCAACUGAUUCAACUCUUAUCCAAGACUUUCAACACUGAACGAUCUUAGUGUCUUGCAAAAGUAGUCAUGGCCCUUUGGAACAUAAAACACUUCAGUCAUGUUACAACCAAAAGCUUAAAUGCAUUUUUGGGGGGAAUUUUAUGAACCAAUAAACAUUUUUUUUUUCUUUUUUUGGUAGAACCAAUUUUUGCUAUAAUCACAGCUGCAAGUCUUUUGGAGAGCCUUUGUGAUAUUGAAUGUCUAGUCUUGCUACAGUCUCACAAAUGGAUUUAGGUCUGAACUUACAGUAUGUAGCGUUAGUUUUCUAGUCCACACAGAACUGUGCAUAUUGGCUUCAAAAUUCUGUUUAAUCUCCCUUGACUAAAGCAAAUGACAUCAUAUUUGCUCUCUGCUUCUUGGUUUGUGGCAAACACACCAUUGUCGGUUGGUUCUUAACAUAUAAUCCCAAUAAAAACAAACUAAACUGUGUUAGUAACAUGAUGAAAUGUUAAAAAUGUUCAAAGGCUAUAAAUAAUUUUUUUGAGGAAAGGCAUAGUAAAUCUACUGCACAGGCAUUAAAAGAAGUGAACCUUGAUGUUCCCAUAGAGAAAAUGAGAAUCCACUUAUACUCAAUCAAAAAGUCAAAACCUUAGUUUACAGUGAAGAAAAAUGCAGUGUUUUUCUCCUUAUUAAUGUGUUCUGUUUGGUUUUCUGCAACUGAAGCAUCUGAGUGCCACUCUUAUUCUUUUCUUCUUUUUACAUCUGCUGUGUGUCUUAUACUGAAGAGUGAUGUAUUUAUUGUAUGUUUGAUUUUGUGAAUUUCUGUGACUAAUCUAACAACACUGAAGUGACUUGCAUUCCAAAUAACUAUGAAUUUUUUCACUGUACUAAAAGUUGGUUUGAAGUGACAAUAAUUGCUGUUUUGUUGUGGACUCAGCAGCUUCACAGUGUGUAAAUGACUGAAUAUGUCCAGUGUAUGUGUAGGCGUGUGUGUGUGUGUGUG